UUGCUCCCGGAUCAAAGGGGAAAUGCAUAACAGAUGACUGGCCCCGUGCCCGCUUCGCUUCUCUCGCGCUCGCUCUCAGUCAAACGUUAAAUCCAUCUCAUCGCCAAAGAAAGAGCAGGGAACUAUCUCGGGGCACGGCAGGGAUCUGAGCUGGAAAGCGCUUUUGACGCCGAUGGAUGGGGCGACGCUGGUCUUGUCUACAGCCGUUAAAGAUCGUCGUUCACAACGAGUGCUGCAGCGUCGCACCUUCGCGGACAGCCGGUGGGGUCACUGUGGCACAAAGGGAACCGACCUGCGCGAAUGCAGAAGAGAUUCCGUGACACCGCAACGGCUUUGUUUGCAUACAGACACGGAGUAGCAUUGAUUUUUUUGUCCACCUCGGUAGUAGUAAAUCGCGGACAGGAUCCCACGUCCCGUGCGACGGUUUUUAACUCGUUCAGCGGUGGAGUGCUGAUUACGCCCGGGAAUAAUUUCUCGCACUCUUUGAGCACGCGAAUGCAAUGUUUGAUAAAGGGGGUGAUUUUUUUAAAUUACUAUAACGAAACUACAUCGUCCUUUGCUCGUGCCGAGGGCAAGUUUAACACUCGAUAGUUAAUUUACCACGAAGGAUUUCAUUGCACCCUUUUAUUUCAACCAGAAUAACAAGUCCGGACAAGUCCACCACUGCAUUUUUAGAGGGGGAAAGCGAUGACCUUGGUCUUGUCCAUGAACCCUUUUUGCGAUCAUGAGCCUGAAGCCCCGCCCCCACUGUACCAGCCAAUCUGGGAGUCCGAGCAUUGCAGCAAGAGCUGUGUCUCCACCCCCACUCCAUCAGGGGGUGAUGCCCAGGAGCUCACUGAUGGCUCAGAGCCCCCCUGUAGACGAGCCCCUGAUCAUGUGACCAUGUCCCGGAUCGCUUACUUUAAGAGGAAGUACGUGGAGGACGAUGAUCUUCCACUUAGCUUCAGGAGUUACUGUCACACCGUGCCGCCGGUUUUAGAAGAGCACGCUCACAUCCUGCGACUCUCUCUAGAGAAGAUGCGAUUCAUCGACGAUCCGGAGGCGUUCCUGCGCCGCUCCGUCCUCAUAAACAACCUUCUGCGUCGACUCCGCACCGAAAUCCUCCUUCAGAGAGACUGGCGUUUCCCACCAGCACCCGCUGCCAUGCCCUGCGCCGUCUCCAUGACUGCCCCGGCCCCUGUCUCCACCCACGGCCACACCCACCCACAUGCCUCCCCCGCCUCGCGACCCUGCUUUGCCCUGCCCAGCCCUCACCGUAAGAGGCUGCGUCUGGUGAGAGGAGAGGCGACCGACCGCAUGCCCACGUGCUGCUGCCUCUUUGCGGCGGGACGCUACCUCCAGCUGCCCCUGUGCGUGUACGAGGGGGCGGCCCACUGCGUGGCCCAGCCCUCCUCGUCUUCCUCGCUGCCCGGCUCGUCCUCGGCGGAGAGGUUUGAGCCACUCCUGGACGAGGAGGAGGACGAGGACGAGGACGAGGAGGAGGAGGAGGAGGAGGAGAGCGACGGGGAGGAAGGACUCGGUGCCCUCUGUCCAGGCUUGGACCUGUGCGAGGCGGCGGUAAGGGCCGGAUCGAGAGAACGGACCCGGACGCGCGCCCGAACCCGAGAGCUGGGGCAUCAGGGGGGCGGAGCCAGGGGGCGGGAGAAGGAGAGAGAAAAACCAAAAGGAAGAGGAGGUGAGACGAUCGCUGCCGGCUCCUCGCGGUGGAUGCCAGACGGCAUGGAAACUGGACACCAGGGGGCGCUAGUUUGGGCUCAGGUGGGUAGGAAGUAGCACCUGUCUUGUUGCUGUUUCCAGAAGUGGACGGAUUCUGCAGCAUUGUUGCCAUGGACCAGUCAGCUAUCGGACAGACUCCCCAAAGCAGAUGCCAUAAAAACAGCCCACACGUUUAACAGACAGGGUAGGACCUGUAGUCAUAUAAUGGCUUCAGUCAACUUUUCAUUUUGUUCGUGGACCUUAAGUGGCCACGCUGUCAGCAAUGGUAUUUUUAGUGUUUUAUCUCAAAGAGCUCUUAUUGAACUAAAAUAAAGUACGACGGACAGGAAAUGCAGAAAUGCAGGUUCCCCUAUAGAAACGACCAAGUGGUGCCUUAUCAUCUGAUUUUUAAAUGUAUGUAGAGUUUGUGCCCGUAUCUGUGAGUAGACGUUGUUGACGUUUGAGAGAGUGUGUCAUGGUGUUCACGCGAAGGCAGGCCAACACAUCUGUUCAGGGUGCAGAGAUGUACAAGGGAGAGUGAUAGAUGCAAAGUCGAUGUAGAUGGGGGUAACCUGCAAAAAAAGCUUCAUCGUAGUGAGUGAAAUUUACCUUCAGUGUACCCAUUUAAAACUCAAAAGCUUAAAGACAAAAACAUUAUUUGCCUCUCGGGUCAUUUCGGAUCAUUUCACUUGGUAAGAUUACUUGAAAUAAGUGCAAAUGUCUAGAAACAGGGUGAAGAAUCUUAUGUGCAAUGUAACAGGCAAGCAAGUUCCUCUCCUGAACAGAAUGGACUUUUUUAUGUACACAUUUGAGAUGUUUUCAUUUCCUAAGAUCAUUUGUUUGCAGUGUAAUCUCAAUACAAUUUGGGUCUUCACCUGUCAAAUGCAAGAUCGAGUCUGGGUACCUGCCAUUAUUCACAACGCAUUUCAAAACAUGGGAGACUUGAUGCAGGAUAGCAGUCUUGUGUUGCAAUAGGAUUUAAAUAAUCUGCACUUACAUGAAUCUGAUCUUAGAUCAGUUAGAAUGAGUUUUUAGCCCCUUGUAUCUAGGCUGGUAUGGUAAGAAAACGCUACUGAAAUCUGUUACAAAGCAAUCCAUUGGUUAGUUGUUUCAAGGUCUUUAAUUACUGUCUCACACUCAUUGACACGGUACAAAUAGUACUUUUGUGUUUUUACUUUUGGUUUCUUUUGUAAAUCUUUUUUUGUAUGACGUGCGUUGUUAUCAAACUUCUCUAGUUGAUCUCUCUUGCUGUGGCUUCACUGAGGGAACAGAAAGAGGGAAAACUAUAAACCAUAAAGCUGUUUGAUCUUCAGUGACGGGGGAAUCAAAGUAUACUGAUCGUGCAGUUUCUCACCAAUAAAAUUGUUUGAAAUAUCAACAUUGUUAAGGUUUGAUGUUGAAUUUCUGUGAAAUGUUUUAAAAAAUGAAUAAAGGAAUGUCCUCCAGUG